GCGGGGUUUGUGCGUACCCGGAAGUGGGUGCCAGCCGGCAGGCUCGCCGGGGGGCCAUGGCUGCGGCGGCGCCUGCUGCGGAGCGGGUCCCGGGUCGGGGAGCUCCCGGGGAAGUGAUCCAUCUGAACGUGGGGGGCAAGCGGUUCAGCACCUCUCGCCAGACGCUUACCUGGAUCCCAGACUCCUUCUUCUCCAGUCUCUUGAGCGGACGCAUCUCAACUCUGAAAGAUGAGACGGGAGCUAUCUUCAUCGACAGGGACCCCACCGUCUUUGCCCCCAUCCUCAACUUCCUGCGGACCAAAGAGUUAGACCCCAGGGGCGUCCAUGGCUCCAGCCUCCUCCACGAAGCCCAGUUCUAUGGGCUCACUCCACUGGUUCGUCGCCUUCAGGUAAGGGAAGAAUUGGAUCGAUCUUCCUGUGGAAAUGUCCUCUUCAACGGUUAUCUACCUCCUCCAGUGUUCCCAGCGAAGCGGCGGAACCGGCACAGCCUAGUGGGACCCCAGCAAGUAGGGGGACGCCCAGCCCCUGUUCGGCGGAGCAACACGAUGCCCCCAAACCUGGGUAACGCGGGGCUGCUGGGCCGGAUGCUGGACGAGAGAGCCCCUCCACCCGCAUCAGGCCAACCGGAGGAGCCAGGGAUGGUCCGCCUGGUGUGUGGUCACCACAACUGGAUUGCUGUGGCCUAUACCCACUUCCUCGUCUGUUACAGGCUGAAGGAAGCCUCCGGCUGGCAGCUGGCUUUCUCCAGCCCUCGCCUGGACUGGCCCAUUGAGCGUCUGGCUCUCACAGCUCGGGUGGGUGGCGGUGCUCUGGGGGAGCACGACAAGAUGGUGGCUGCGGCCACAGGCAGUGAGAUCCUUCUGUGGGCUCUGCAGGUGCAAGGCGGAGGCAACGAGAUAGGCGUCUUCCACCUGGGCGUGCCGGUGGAGGCCUUGUUCUUCGUUGGGAACCAGCUCAUUGCCACAAGCCACACGGGGCGCAUCGGAGUGUGGAACGCGGUGACCAAGCACUGGCAGGUCCAGGAGGUCCAGCCCAUCACCAGUUAUGACGCAGCCGGCUCCUUCCUCCUCCUGGGCUGCAGUAAUGGCUCCAUCUAUUACGUAGAUGUGCAGAAGUUCCCCUUACGGAUGAAGGACAAUGACCUCCUUGUCAGUGAGCUCUACCGAGACCCGGCAGAGGAUGGGGUCACCGCCCUCAGUGUCUACCUCACGCCCAAGACCAGUGACAGCGGGAACUGGAUCGAGAUUGCGUACGGCACCAGCUCAGGGGUGGUGCGGGUCAUCGUGCAGCACCCUGAGACAGUGGGCUCAGGGCCGCAGCUCUUCCAGACCUUUAGUGUGCACCGCAGCCCUGUCACCAAGAUCAUGCUCUCCGAGAAACACCUCAUCUCAGUCUGUGCCGACAACAACCACGUGAGGACAUGGUCUGUGACCCGCUUUCGAGGCAUGAUCUCCACCCAACCUGGUUCCACCCCGCUGGCAUCCUUCAAGAUCCUGGCACUGGAGUCGGCUGACGGGCACGGAGGCUGCAGUGCUGGCAAUGACAUCGGUCCCUAUGGUGAGCGCGAUGACCAGCAGGUGUUCAUCCAGAAGGUGGUGCCAAAUGCCAGCCAGCUCUUCGUGCGCCUCUCCUCCACCGGGCAGCGGGUGUGUUCCGUGCGCUCAGUGGACGGCUCGCCCACGACUGCCUUCACGGUGCUGGAGUGUGAGGGCUCUAUACGGCUGGGCUCCAGGCCCCGACGCUACCUGCUCACGGGCCAGGCCAACGGCAGCCUGGCCAUGUGGGACCUGACCACGGCCAUGGAUGGCCUGGGCCAAGCCCCUGCAGGUGGCCUGACCGAAGAAGAGCUGAUGGGCCAGCUGGAGCAGUGUGAACUGGCCCCGCUGGCCUCCUCCCGGGGUGCUCUCCCCAGCCCCUCACCCAGGACCUCUCUUACCAGUCUCCACUCAGCCUCCAGCACCACCUCCCUGUGUGGCCACAGAGGGAGCCCCAGCCCACCACAGGCAGAGGCCCGGCAACGCCGCCCAGGGGCAGGAAGCUUUGUGGAUAGGUGUCAGGAACUGGCGAGGAGCGCGCCUGAGCCCCGUCGGCCACCGACGCCAGCCCCUCGACCCUCCACCGGUCUUGGGACUCCCCUGACGUCUCCCAAGAACUCUCUUAACGAGACCUCCUUUUGAACCUAACUGCCACAGUGCCUUUAUACAGACUGGUCCCAGGAGACUCAGAAGCUUCUGGUUGGAGACAGGACCUCCUUAGAGCGAGCGUUGUCCCUGGGGUCCCAUCACCCUCCUUUCCUAAAAGCCAAUGUCACCCUCCUUAAUAAAGCCCUCACUGCCAA